GGUCCACUCUAUGGCUCGGAGAACCUUAGAAGGUGUUUGCCUUUGCAUAAGAGGAUAUCCUGGGCAACCAGAGCCACAGCAAUGAUUGCAGGAUAUAUAGGAUCAUUUCCUGAAAGUCAGUGCUGCUAACAAGUGUCACUUGCUGCGGACACGAGAACUAAAGAGCUGGGAGUAAGAGUGAAUUAAACUGUAAGGAACCUGAACAGCUUGUUCUCAGGUUUUAUUGCCUUAACUUCCAAUGGCUGAGGAACACAUCCACAAUCUUACCGACAUUCUGGAUUUUCUCAACAGUUCAUUUACUCUUUGUUCAGUUGACCUGGAUGAAGGCGUAAAGAAGGUCUUUCUAUUCAUUCUCUACCUCGUUACCUUUGUUCUUGGAUUGGCUGGAAAUCUGUUAGUGAUAUGGGUCAACUGGCAAUCAAGAAGAAGAAAAAGCUCUAUUAAUAUCUAUAUUCUCAACAUGGCGGUGGCUGACCUUGGGGUGGUUUUUUCCUUACCUUUCUGGAUGUUACAGGCCAUGUUAGAUUACACUUGGCUGUGGGGUAAAUUCCUGUGUAAAUUUACCCAUUACUUUUAUUUUGCGAACAUGUUCAGUAGUAUCUACUUCCUUACUGCUCUGAGUGUGGACCGUUACUUGACUUUAACCUCUUCCUCUGUUUUUUGGCAACAAAACCAACAGAAAAUCCGUAAGGCUCUUUGUAUUGGGAUCUGGGUGAUAUCAGCCAUAUUCCCUAUACCAGAAGUCUUCCAUAUGCAACUGGUGGAUGUCAUAGAUCCUGAGUGCAUGUUCAUGGCACCAUUUGAGACUUAUGAUGAAUGGGCCCUUGCUGUUACGCUAAUGACAACUGUUCUCGGAUUCCUGAUUCCUUUCUUCAUAAUCCUUAUCUUCAAUGUGAUGACGGCCUGUCACAUUAGGAAAUCUAGAAGACCAGAAAGCAGUAGACAUUGUCGGCUUAUAUAUGCCUAUAUACUGACAUUCCUACUCAGCUGGCUUCCCUACCAUUCUAUCCAAAUUACGCUAGUCCUUCAUGGAAGCUACAUCUACCUGAACUGCCAUGCAACUGCUGUUCUGUAUUUCCUGUAUGAUGUCAUUGACUGUUUAUCCUUGUUUCAUUGCAUGGCUAAUCCAAUUCUUUACAAUAUUUUCAGUAAGGACUUUAGAGGCAGAUUUAUUAAUGCAGUUGUUAAGUAUAUUCCUAAGGAAAAACAAGAUAAUGCCAAUCCAGGUGAAAAAUCCACAUCCAUCACAGAUCAUUCUGUUGUAAUAACUGCAGAACCUGCCAUUUUGACAAACAUAGUCCGUGUCUCAGAAGAUAAAGUCAUGUAAUAUUAAGCUUUUCCUAUGUAGCAAAGCUAUAAUUUUAUAACAGUCCAUUCUUCUCUUGUAUACCACAUGCAUACCUGUUAAGAGGUCCUUUGUCUGCGUAAUCCAAGAUCAUUUGUCAAGUAUGUCUCUCGGCACAAGCGCUCCAUAUUACGAGGCAGGAAUGAUCUAGACUGAUAAUUUGGGCUUAUUGCUGCAGGUUCGAUUUCAGCAGCCCACUAUGAUCCCUUGUCGUUUCUGGUGGAAGUUGCUGCUCUUCAUACAUUUCUUCCACACGGCGACUGUUUCAGAAUUUUUUUUUAAAGAAUAAAAACAAAAGAAUAGCCAAUUAUGUAAUUGGACCAGGUCUGAUGGAGCAAUAGUUGUUCUGUUAUCAGCCCUUUGCUCUGACACAGAUAAAGGUGGUACCAAGUGGGCUUCCCAUCCUCUGUAUGAUGUACAUAUACCCUAAUAGGGCAUAUGGAAAACAGUUACAAAGGCAACACAGACCAUUAAAUAAAACAAAAAUUAGAAAAUUUUGAAAUAUAAAGCCAUCCAUAGGUAAUCCUGUUUUUGUCUAAGUUUUAGUUCACCCUCUGACAUCACAAAAGGCAUAAAUCGCAUUAAAUGUAAAUAUUAACUUUGCUGUAUUUAGCUGUAUUUAUCUACUCGUCGCACCUGAAGAACAUUGCAAAGAUAUAAAAAAUGAAUUGUAAAUAUUGAAUAUUUCGUAUCAAAUAACUGUAUCAUAUAUGGAAAACUGUAUUUUCAUUAAAUAUAAGGAAAAUUAAAUUCUGCAUUUGGUCUAUAUAUUA